CCGCGCGCACCUUGAUACGGUCGCGUCGUUCCUCUUGGGCAAGGGGGUGCUCGAACUCCGUCGAUCCGUGAUCAUCAAUUACUCGACGCGGGACCAAGUACCAAGUAUCCGGAUGAAAGAAAUCAGGAAUUGUUUUCACCGACGAGAUCCGCUAGAAUUCUCCAGAUGAUCGAAGACUUCCAACGAAGUAAUGUUCAUCGAUUAACCCGGACGCUGAAGAUCUAACAGAAUUUUCCUCAAAUGCACGACGAAGACUUCCACUCUUGUCUUUUGGACAUAUCAAUCUUUCUAAUAUACACCCAUAACAAUGAAAUAUAAAAAAGACAAGAGUAAGAUGAAUUAAUAAUUAUCGAAUAUCUACGUGGUUGAAUAGCCAGAGAACUUCGAAAGAAAAAUAAUUCCAUUUUUCAUCUUGCAUCAUCCGGACGGUGAAAAAUAUUUCUUAUUCGUCGAUGACGCGACGUCGCUUGGUAAACAACGACUAAACAUUGGCUAACGACGAUGAGAACAACGACGAAAUUGUCUUCCCGCGGCGAUAGUUUCGGAAUUGACCCGGAAUAAAAUUUCAAAGGAUAGUCAGCGCCGGUGCGUUCAGCGGCUCAGAACAAAUUCCUCUUGUCCUGUUUCGCCGGGCAGGAAUACGAGAUAAAAAGGUCGACUGGCGCCUGUGGGAGGGAAGGGCGACAGGAAGAAACGGGAGAACGUUCGGUUUUCCAACCGAACACGACUGUAUUCUCUGUUAGAGAGGCGAGAACGAACCGAGGAAUGAGAUAAGAACGCGGAAAAGGGAACGAACGGGCUAUCGGGUCCGAGUCGCGACAGAAACUGGUUUAGCGGGCAAACAGGAUGAAGAACGGGGAUGCGGAGUCGGGAUGCAGUCAAAGGGAGUUGAAAAUGGACAACUAGAGGAAACAUGGACGCGCCUAAUGCCAUUGGCAACGACACUCGGGACUUUUGCAGCGCGAGGUACAAGGAUUUCGCGCCUCCCGAAGGCGAGCUGUGGUGCGAGCCAGCAUGGGAUUCGCUGCUCUGUUGGCCGCCGACCAAAGCAUCCACCACGAUCAAACAGAGAUGCCCCUUCGAGGACGGAUUCGACACGACCAAAUCCGUGGAGAAGAAGUGCGGUUACAACGGUCGCUGGGAGGCCCAGAACGGUACCAGCAACGAGGAUUCGCCUCACGGUUGGGCGAACUACACGACCUGCUUGACACCGGAAAUGCUCCGGUUGCACGGGAAAGUUUACACAAACACCAUCGAGGGCAACAUGAAGAUGGACAUCGCCGAGAGGACGCGAACGCUAGAGUUCGUUGGUUUAAGCAUUUCUUUGGUAGCGCUGCUUGCUUCGCUCGCCAUAUUUUGUCGAUUUAGGUCCUUAAGGAACACCAGGACCAGAAUCCACAAGAAUCUGUUCGUGGCGAUGGUUGUCCAGGUACUCAUACGAUUAAUCGUCUACAUCGACAUCGAGAUCCUCAGGAGGAAGACUUAUGGCAUUCAACGGGGUAUAGGGAACACUCCCGUUCUCUGCGAAGCCAGUUACGCUCUGUUGGAAUACGCCAAAACCGCGAUGUUCAUGUGGAUGUUCAUAGAGGGUCUGUUCCUCCACAAUAUGGUUACAGUGACGGUGUUUCAAGAGACCUCGUACUAUCGGAUGUAUCGAUUCGUCGGCUGGGGAUGUCCCGUCGCGAUGACUCUCGUGUGGGCCACCAUCACGGCCUUCUAUUACCACCCAAAGUCCAGGUUUUCCAGGUGUUGGUCCGGCUACAAUCUGUCUUCCUACUUCUGGAUUCUCGAGGGACCCAGGUUCGCGGUGAUAUUGCUCAAUUUUCUUUUUCUACUGAACAUCGUGAGGGUGCUCGUGGUGAAGCUUCGACAGAGUCACACUAGCGAGAUCGAGCAAGUCCUAAAAGCGGUGAGAGCAGCCGUGGUGCUUCUACCUUUGUUGGGCAUCACCAACAUACUCUUCAUGAUCGAGGCGCCUCUGCACAACGUAAAGAAGUUCGCAUUAUGGUCGUACUCGACGCACUUUUUGCAGUCGUUUCAGGGCCUCUUCAUAGCGACCCUUUAUUGUUUCCUAAACGGCGAGGUCAGGCUAGCUCUGGAUAAAACCAUCUCCGUCUACCUAUCCCUGAGAGGAACCGAUCUGCAAGCCAGGAGGCAGUCGGCCUUCAGUGGCUGUCAGCCCCAACGAAUCGCAUCAGUGAUCGAGAUGGAGGAGGAAGAGAUGAGAUCCAGCGGUUGGAUAAGACUAUGCUGUCGAGGUGGAAACACUCCACCGCCGGACCGACCUGCCGAAACAGCGGUCUGACCACGGAACAUCUCCGGAUCUCUGGGCACCGGACGCGAGCCUCGAGAUUUACCGGAAAUUACGAAAUCCUGGGCUGCGGGCUUCGUCGAAAGAUGGAGAAGUACCUGGAGGACCUGGAGACCAGCCAGGAAAUUCAAACGCCAGGA